AUGCCGUACCUCAAACUACGAGACGGGGCGGAGCUCUUCUACAAAGACUGGGGCAACCCGAGCGGCCAGAUUGUGACCUUCUCCCAUGGCUGGCCGUUGAGCAGCGACAACUGGGAGAACCAGAUGGUCUUCCUGGCCGAUCAAGGCUAUCGAGUGAUUGCCCAUGACCGACGCGGUCACGGACGUUCGACCCAGACCUGGAACGGCGGCAACAUGGAUACUUUUGUGGACGACCUGAAGGAGCUUUUCGAGUACCUCGACAUCAAGGGUGCAAUGAUGGUUGGCCACUCACAUGGUGGCGGCGAAGUCACACAUUUCCUGGGAAAACAUGGCACGAGCCGUGCCAACAAGGCUGUUCUUGUGGGUGCUGUGCCACCCCUGAUGGUCAAGACUCCGGCGAAUCCGGAAGGGACGGAUAAAUCUGUUUUCGACUCGUUUCGGGAGGCAAUGCACAAAGACCGCGCGCAGUUCUUCCUCGAUGUACCAAGCGGCCCGUUCUUUAAUUUCAACCAACCCGGAGCUAAGAAGAGUGAGGGCCAAAUUCGCAGUUGGUGGCAGCAGGGAAUGGCCUCCAGUUUUAAGACAACCUACGACUCUAUAAAAGACUUUUCCGAGACCGACUUUACGGAGGACCUCAAGAGCAUUAACAUUCCGGUUCUGGUCCUCCACGGUGAUGAUGACCAGAUUGUGCCUUUCCAAGCAGCAGGACAGAAGUCGGCGAAAUUGUUGCCCCAGGGCAAGCUGAAGGUCUAUCCAGGAGGUUCGCACGCUAUUCAUGUUAUAAAUAUUGAUGAGAUGAAUAAGGAUCUUCUCAGCUUCCUACAGUCAUAA